CAAGGUCCUCUACUCCGACAAUUAAUCUGAAUCGUUUCUAGUCAUCUCUUCCUUCCAGGCUUUUUCAUCCUUGAAUUUAUAUGGUGAUUGGCAUCUAAACUUUCAUACUAUUACUACGACGACCGGCAACAAAGUUCGUCUUUCAAUCACCCACGUGGGUAUAACCAAUGAGGAGAUGGCACGUGGGUACCUGUUUCUAUAAACCAAUAAGGAGAUGGGAGAGGCAGGACUUGCAGUGCGAUCUGCGUCAGAAAUAGGAAUGACUUCUAUUUUAGCCCUUGGCAAAGCAUACGCUGGUGAGCAGUGUGGGUGCAAUAUUUGAAUAACAUAGAUUCCUACAUUUAUUUUGCAACGCUCGCGCACGCAAUACGAGACGGUGAGACCAGGGGACAGAGGUGUGUAAGGGAGACCAGGCAACUGGAGAGACGGUGAAGACCAGGAGAGAGACGGUGACACCAGGGGUGAGACCAGGGGACAGGGAGGAAACGGUGCUUUAGUUCAUGAGUGAGGCUCUAGCAGUCUGUGAAACUAGUCUACAGGGAAGAGGUGAAUCGUUGUGGAGUCCAUUAGGAGGGGACAGAGUGGUGUGGCCUACUCUGGUGGUAUCAGACAGACGGUACUUUGUAGCUCUGUUAGUAGAGCUUGGUGCUUGCAACAAUAGUGGGUUCGAUCCCCGGGUGCACCCGUAUAUAAAAUGUAUGCAUGCAUAACUUUAAGUUUCUUCGGAUAAAAGCGUUUGCUAAAUGGCAUUUGUUCUUCUAUCACAAACACAGCACCAUCUAAUCAUGUUCUGUUUCUCUGUAGCUUUGUAUUCUUAGCAGAAAAGCCUGCUGGGACAUGUUAGGCAAAUCACUUUUUUCAGCUCACUUGUUCCAGUUUGUGUGUGUGUGUGUGUGUGUGUGUGUGUGUGUUUAUUCCCCCUGCCCUGGGUUACUCAUCCCUCUCUCCCUGAGGAGAAUGGUCCUUCCUUUUAUCUAAUUCUAGAACUAUAUUAAGAAUCCAGAACUUAAUCUAAAAACUCAAUCUAGAGGCUAUAUCUAGACUCUAUAAUCUGUAUAUCUAGACUCUAUAAUCCAUAUAUCUAGACUCUCUAACUCAUAUAUAUAUAUAUAUAUAUAUAUAUAUGACUCUAUAACCUGUAUAUCUAGCCUGUCUAACCGGUCUGUGAAUGGACACCCUGGUUCAGCUCCAGAACAGCCCGUUCCUCAUGGGUCUCUGCCGGAACGGAGCUCCAGUAGACCUGCAGUAUGACAAUUCUUCAGAACUGUUCCGUAUCUCCACCUUCGCCCGGUUUCCGUCAUUGGGGGUAACGGAGCGCAGUCUGGCGAGGGCAGGAUGGUUCUAUACUGGGGUUGGAGACAGGGUGCAGUGUUUCAGGUGUAACGUGACGGCGGAGGGCUGGCAGACAGGGGACUGUCCAACAGAGAGACACAGACAGCUGUCCUCCUCCUGCUCCUUCAUCCAGACCCUCCCCUCCACAGCCAACCUCCUCUCCUCCUCACACUCGGCCUUCUCUCCUCUACGCAGCGCCCCUGUCAUACCGGUGUCAGGCCCUGGCCCAGCCCCUCUCCCGGUCUCCGCCCCUAACCCUGCCCCCAACCCAGUGCCGGGGGAGGAGCCUGUUGGAUAUUUGAAUAUGGGGUUCUCUGCCCCGCCCCCCUCCAGCCCGCUGAGCUCCAGAGGAGUAGAGGACAUGUCCCACCAGAGACCCCCUACCUGUCACAACCCCAGUAUGAGGAGAGAGCAGGACCGUCUGGACUCCUUCCACUCCUGGAUCCUAUCCAUCAUCACCCCCUCUGAGCUGGCUAAGGCUGGCUUCUAUUACCUGGGACAGGGAGACCGCGUGGCCUGCUUCACCUGUGGAGGACAGCUCAGUAACUGGGAGCCAGGGGACCGGGCCGUAUCAGAGCACCAGAGACAUUACCCCAACUGUCACUUCGUCAGAGGAGACCGGGCCGACAACGUCUCCCUAGCCGGGGUGGUGGGGGGGGUAGCAGGCACCUCUCAGCCCCCCGGGGCAGAAGCCCCAGCCCCCCCGGGCCCCGGCCCCCCAGGUCUCAGCAACGUGUCUAACCCAGCCAUGCAGCAGCGUGAGGAGAGGUUGCUGACCUUCGUCCACUGGCCCUUACGUAUCCCUGUGCGCCCUGACCAGCUGGCCAAGGCAGGGUUCUACUACGUCGGGCGUAAUGAUGACGUGAAGUGUUUCUGCUGUGACGGGGGUCUGAGAUGCUGGGAGUCAGGUGACGACCCCUGGGUGGAGCACGCCAAAUGGUUCCCUAGGUGUGUAUACCUGCUCCAGGAGAAAGGUCAGGAGUUUGUCCAUCAGAUCCAGGCUCGCUUCCCUCGCCUCUUUGAACAGCUCCUAACCAAUGGGGACAGCAGCUCCAGAGAGUUUGUGGACCCCCCGGGUGAGGAGCGCUCGGAGGAUGCCGUGAUGAUGAACACUGCGGUGGUUGUGUCGUCACUAGAGAUGGGGUUUGAGCGUGGCCUGGUGAAGCAGACAGUCCAGAGUAAGAUUCUGACCAGCGGAGAGAACUACAAGACGGUCCAGGAACUGGUCUCAGACCUGCUGAGUGCAGAAGAUCAGAAGAGAGAGGAGGAGAGAGAGAUGCUGGCCGAGGAGAUGGCUUCUGACGGUCAUUCAUUCUUAAAGAGACACCAGGCAGCGUUGGUCCAGCGCCUGAAGAGUGUUGAGUCUGUCCUGGAGCACCUCCGAGAGCAGAACGUCAUCAGUGGAGAGGAAUACAGUGGUCUCCAGGGCCAGUCCUCCCAGCAGCAGACAGCCAAGCUGAUAGACUUGGUCUUGACUAAAGGGAACGCAGCAGCUGAGGUCUUCAGGAACUGGAUCCAGAAGAACGAUGUCUACCUGCUCAGAGACCUCAUGGCCCAGGCAAAUGAAGCCGCAUCACCGAGUCAAGAUCUCUCAGACCUGCCGAUGGAGGAGCAGCUACGGCGCCUGCAGGAGGAGCGGACCUGUAAGGUGUGUAUGGACAAGGAGGUGAACAUUGUCUUCAUCCCGUGUGGUCACCUGGUGGUCUGUAAGGAGUGUGCUCCCUCUCUGAGGAAAUGUCCCAUCUGCAGAGGACUGGUCAAGGGCACUGUCCGAACCUUCCUCUCCUAGAAGACCUCCAGGAACCAGGGACCCUCCCUGAGGAAAUGUCCCAUUUGCAGAGGACUGGUCAAGGGCACCGUCCGAACCUUCCUCUCCUAGAAGACCUCCAGGAACCAGGGCCCCUCCCAGCACUGUCAAACUUCUUUGACCUAGUCUCCUAUCUACUCCUAGAGAAUAGCUACCAACAGUCUAUUCUAAGCGUGUCAUUCUCUAUUCCUGGACGGCUGUGUUUGCUGGUUUUUCUGAUCUCCUUUCAUUUCGUGUCCAAUGAAUUCCUAGAGAACCAGGUGAGCGGAGUUCCUAUUUAAUCAAUAAAGACCUAGGCAGUCAGGUGAGGGGAGUUGCUAACUAAUCAAUAAAGACCUAGACAGUCAGGUGAGGGAGUUGCUAACUAAUCAAUAAAGAAAUAGACAGUCAGGUGAGGGGAGUUGCUAACUAAUCAAUAAAGACCUAGACAGUCAGGUGAGGGGAGUUGCUAACUAAUCAAUAAAGACCUAGGCUGUCAGGUGAGGGGCGGUACUAUUUAAUCAAUAAAGACCAAGACAGUCAUGUGAGGGGAUUUCCUAACUAAUCAAUAAAGACCAAGACAACCAGGUGAGGGGAGUUGCUAACUAAUCAAUAAAGACCUAAAUAGUCAGGUGAGGGGAGUUGCUAACUAAUCAAUAAAGACCUAAAUAGUCAGGUGAGGGGAGUUGCUAACUAAUCAAUAAAGAAAUAGACAGUCAGAUGAGGGGAGUUGCUAACUAAUCAAUAAAGACCUAGACAGUCAGGUGAGGGGAGUUGCUAACUAAUCAAUAAAGACCUAGACAGUCAGGUGAGGGGCGGUACUAUUUAAUCAAUAAAGACAACCAGAUGAGGGGAUUUCCUAACUAAUCAAUAAAGACCAAGACAACCAGGUGAGGGGAUUUCCUAACUAAUCAGUGACCUUUAUUGAUCAAUCAAGUACAAGAGAGUAGUGAAAACCCGCAGACACUCGACCCUCGAGGAUUGGAGUUUGACACUAUCCCAUAAGCAACGACUCUACAAUCUCACCGUCUCUAUUCAUAUCGGAAUGUAGCCUGUUAAACCUACCUGCUUAACCAUUAACUAAUAUGUUCCUGUGUAGAUAUAAACAUUACAGAACUCUGUAGGAAUGCAUGAGGUUAUAUAAAGGCAUAACUAUAAUUGUCCAUCUAUGUAAUCAGUCCAUUGAUAGAGCAUACAACUACUUCCUGUAGUUGUAGUUUCAACUGGACAGAUGAUGUGUAGUAACCAGUGAAGGCCCUUGCAUCCUGAAUAGCACCCUAUUCCCUAUUUUGGGCACAUUGGGAACUGGUUAAAAGUAGUGCACUAUAUAGCAAAUAAGAUGCCAUUUGGAACGCAGGGCAGCCAGUCAAGGCCCUCGCAUGUAAAGGCUAGGUUGACUAUUCUGCUGUUGAAUGUCUCAAAUAAAUGCUAGGUUGACUAUU